CACUCCAAGACCUCCUUUUCAGAUUUAUUCAGCUGAAACUGGAGCGUGCCACCCCAGCAGAGCGUCAGCUGGUGUUCAAUGAGAUCCUGCAGGCAGCCUAUCAGCUCAUGGUGGAUGUGUUUGGGAAUUACGUCAUUCAGAAGUUCUUCGAGUUUGGCAGCCUGGAGCAGAAGCUGGCGCUGGCAGAGCGCAUCCGUGGGCACGUGCUGUCCCUGGCCCUGCAGAUGUACGGCUGCAGGGUCAUCCAGAAGGCCCUGGAGUUCAUCCCCCCAGACCAGCAGAACGAGAUGGUUCGGGAGCUGGACGGGCACGUGCUCAAGUGCGUCAAGGACCAGAACGGGAACCACGUGGUGCAGAAGUGCAUCGAGUGUGUGCAGCCCCAGUCCCUGCAGUUCAUCAUUGAUGCCUUCAAGGGACAGGUGUUUGCUCUGUCCACGCACCCCUACGGCUGCCGGGUGAUCCAGCGGAUCCUGGAGCACUGCCUGCCCGAGCAGACCCUGCCCAUCCUGGAGGAGCUCCACCAGCACACGGAGCAGCUGGUGCAGGUCAGUGGGUGCCCAGGGCACUGCUGAGUGCUG